GCUGCUCGUCACAAGGCAAGAGGCAAGAGGCAAGAGCAUCCGUAUUAACCAGCCUUUUGAGACUUGAGAGUGUGUGUGACUCGAUCCAGCGUAGUUUCAGUUCGUGUGUUGGUGAGUGAUUCCAGCCAAGUUUGCGAUGGCUUCUCAGCAGGAACGGGCUAGCUACCACGCCGGCGAGACCAAGGCCCGCGCCGAGGAGAAGACGGGGCGCAUGAUGGGCACGGCGCAGGAGAAGGCGCGGGAGGCCAAGGACACGGCGUCCGACGCCGCGGGGCGCGCGAUGGGCAGGGGACACGGCGCCAAGGAGGCGACCAAGGAGAAGGCGUACGAGACCAAGGACGCGACCAAGGAGAAGGCGUACGAGGCAAAGGACGCGGCCUCCGACGCCACCGGCCGCGCCAUGGACAAGGGCCGCGGCGCCGCGGGCGCCACGAGGGACAAGGCGUACGAUGCCAAGGACAGGGCGGCUGACACGGCGCAGUCCGCCGCCGACCGCGCCCGCGACGGCGCCGGGCAGACCGGGAGCUACAUUGGACAGACCGCCGAGGCCGCCAAGCAGAAAGCGGCCGGCGCCGCGCAGUACGCCAAGGAGACCGCGAUCGCCGGCAAGGACAAGACCGGCGCCGUGCUCCAGCAGGCAGGGGAGCAGGUGAAGAGCGUGGCGGUGGGGGCGAAGGACGCGGUGAUGUACACGCUCGGGAUGUCAGGCGAUAACAAGAACAACGCCGCUGCCGGCAAGGACACCAGCACCUACAAGCCUGGAACUGGGAGUGACUACCAGUAAUACGGUAUAAGAAGCAUGUGUCGUCUUUGGCACUGAUGCCAAAGUGUACGUGUUGUAUCCUCUUUUUUAAGUUUCAGCUCGACUUCGACGUGUUCGGUGUCACACUUUGGUUUUUCAGUUGUGCUCAACUGUUCAUGUUUCUGGUUCCAUGGAGGGCCAGUGUGGAGGUCAAUGUUUAAGCUUUCGUUUUAAAAUCUGAUAAUAAAGUUGGUUAAGACCUGAAAGCGUUA